GUCUUAUAUUAUGUAUAAUAUAUGAUAUCCACUUGUAACAUGUAUAUAAAUAUGCGAUGUACUUAAGGCUUUAUGUCAUAUUCGAUAUAUUACAAGUGCAAGAUGCUCCACAGCUCCAGAACAAGAAUGUAUGGAAGGCUGUAUAUGCUCGUAUCUGUGUUGAUUUUACUUGCACCAGUAAGCCUAGCAGUUAAUUAUACUUACUUCAAAACUGUUGAUCUUACUUAUAUCCCAAGUGCAGUUAAAAAUGGUGCAGUCUGUUUGGAUGGAAGCCCUCCUGCAUACCACAUUGACAGGGGAGUCGGAGAUGGAGCACGUAACUGGCUCGUUUUUAUUGAGGGAGGAGGAUGGUGUGAUACAACUGAGAAUUGCCUUAAUCGUACUAAAAAUAUAUUUGGCUUGGGUUCUUCUAAAAUUAUGCAAGCAAAGAAUUUCACAGGACUUCUAAGCGAUAACCAGCAACUCAAUCCUUAUUUCUACAACUGGAAUCGAGUUUUUGUCAGAUAUUGUGACGGUGGAUCCUUUACAGGCAACAGCUUUGAUCCGGUCAACAAACUUCAUUACAAAGGAUCAAAGGUUUUCAGUGCAAUUGUAAAGGAUCUGCUGGGAAAAGGGAUGAGCAAUGCAACAAAUGCUCUUAUUUCUGGAUGCUCAGCUGGUGGAUUAUCAGCAAUACUUAACUGUGAUAAAUUUCGUUCUUUCCUACCUCCACACACUAAUGUGAAAUGUGCUUCCGACGCUGGCUACUUUCUACAUGUGAAGGAUGUUUUUGGAGAAUACAAUUAUGCAAACUUCUAUGAUAGAAUUGUUAAAUUACAUGGGUCAACUAAGAAUUUACCCAAAGCUUGCACUUCAUCAAUGAGGCCUAGAAGUUUGUGUUUCUAUCCACAAUACGUCGUGCCACAUGUUGAAACGCCUCUGUUUCUCAUAAAUUCUGCAUAUGAUGCUUAUCAGAUUGGAUUUAUUUUGGCACCAAGCAUAAAUAAUUUGCCUCAAACCUGGGAGAGGUGCAAAAAUGACACGACGACAUGCUCGCCAGAUCAAAUUGAGAUCUUGAAAGGAUUCAGAUCAGAAUUUUUAAGCGCAUUGCCUAGAUUAGGUAAUGGUUCAUUCAGGGGAAUGUUCAUCAGUUCUUGUCUAGCCCACUGCCAAUCUCAACUUCAACUAAACUGGAACUGGGAUCCUGGUUUCAGGAUUGAGGACAAGACAAUGGCAGAAGCUCUAGGGAGUUGGAGCACUGGCAGAAGCUCACUCCAGAUAAUUGCUGGCAGUGAAUUGCCCAAAAUAUGCCUGACAACUCCAUUAUGAAUAAUCAAGACAGAUAUAGUGCCGCCUGUUUGGGUACGCCCACUUCUGGCUUUUUCUCACAAAAAGUCGGCUUCUACUUUUAUUGACCCAUUUAUGUAAAAAGCCAGAAUCACUUAUAAAGUUAGAAAUGCUAACUUUUGUUUCAGGA